GGGAGGUGUUCAUACCAGCGAACCAGGAGCGGAGGUGACAACGUUCUUGUCCGCUACUUUGUCGUCGUCAAGAUGAACUAGGCAGCAGAGAAAACAUCAGAAACAAGGCGAAGGAUCAUAAUGCAGCAUUUUGGGGCUACCACGCUUUACGAGGAUCACAACUACUUUGCUCGCUCCUCGGAGAGUUUCACGCUGGAGGGGGGCCUGGAUUCGGACAAUGGCACCGGUUUGCUGGAUCUCACAGACACGCUCGAGAAGCAACUCGAGGCCUCGAAUCUGGCGCUGGGAGAAAUCCACAGCGACGCUCCGCAACUUAGCUCGGAGCUGCACGUCCCUUCGGUGGAAUUCGAAUUGGAUGACAAUGGCCAGCUUCUCCACGACAUGUUGCAGCAGCAGCAGCCAGCAAACAGCCAGCAGCAGUCCUCCACCACCACCGCUGCCUCCUCCACCGCCACCGCCACCACCUGGGAAGAAAACGUCCAUGUCCUCCAGGAGAUGCUUAUGCAGCAGCAGCACAUCCAAGUCCAGCAGCAAAACUUCUUCGGCAACUCCACUCCACCAAAGUUCCGGAGAGAGUCGGAGCUCCUGAGCCUCCUCCAGCUUCCACGCUGUGCCUCAUCGUCGCUGCCGGGAGGAACCAUCUCCGGGCCAUUCAACUCCGUCAGCUCCAAGAAGCUGAGCCAUCCAGGAGCCUUGUCGUCCUUCACCACCGCAGCAGAGAUUGGCGACUCUUCUCAUGUCCACGGCCAGCAAUUGCUUCCACAGCCUUCCUUCAGGCAUUUGCUUCACACCUUGCCUCAUGCUUCCGACCACCACCUGAGCUCAAAGUCCGGUAUAAUGCGUCCUCCCGGCUUGCUCGACUUGGAAGACCGGGAUACCAGCGGCGGCCACGAAGAGGGCCGCCUCUUCCCGAGCCUGUUCGAGAAGAGGGACUUCACUUUCGGCAAAGGAGCCGAGAACCGAGGCAUCAAUCACUUCGCGACGGAGCGGCAGCGGCGUGAGUAUCUCAACGAGAAGUAUCAGACAUUGAGAUCCUUGGUCCCCAACCCCUCAAAGGCUGAUAGAGCUUCCAUCGUCGCGGACGCCAUCGAGUAUGUCAAGGAGCUCAAGAGAACCGUCCAGGAGUUGCAGCUGCUAGUCGAGGAGAAGCGGCGUGGAUCCAACAAGAGGCGCUGCAAGGCGUCGCCGGACAAUCCUUCCGAGGGUGGUGGUGCCACGGACAUGGAGAGCAGCUCCGCAAUCCAGCCGGGAGGGACGCGAGUGUCCAAGGAGACAACUUUCCUGGGCGAUGGCUCGCAGCUCCGGAGCUCCUGGCUGCAAAGAACGUCACAGAUGGGAACGCAAAUCGACGUCAGGAUCGUGGACGACGAAGUAAACAUCAAGCUCACCCAGCGGAGGCGGCGGAACUACGUGCUCCUGGCGGUGCUGAGGAGCUUGAACGAGCUCCACCUCGAUUUGCUCCAUGCCAAUGGAGCCAGCAUUGGCGAGCACCACAUUUUCAUGUUCAACACCAAGAUAAUGGAAGGAACAUCUACCUUUGCGGGUCAAGUGGCAACGAAGCUGAUAGAUGCGGUGGACCGGCACAUAACCCUAGCCUCAUCGGGCCUCUAGCUCCCAAAAUUUUCCAGGUUUGAUCGAAUCG